AUGUUGUGGGUGGGGGGGAACUCUCAGCCUCAUGGGGCAUAUUGGUUUGGUGGUGUCCACAUCCUUAUUGGGAAUUGUGCCCCCGCUUUUUCUGAGCCGCAGUCUCGUCUGAUUCUUUACGAGGUGGAAGUAGAACUUGUAGAAUACUUCCCACAAUUUGUUCUUCAAGUGGAACCAUGUGAUAUUGAAAACCAUGGAUUAUUCACGGGCCGGGCUCCAAGGGGAUGGAGUGAAGCCCAUAUUCGUCGAGAUGAUGAACUCGGUUGGAAUGACAACUCUUAUGGACUGACCAUCAAGCGGGCUAGGCUCGAAGAGGAUGAUGUGAAGUCCAUAUUCAUUGAGAUGAUGAACUCGGUUGGACUGUGA